CAACUGUGAAACCUUGCUGAGGAGCAUGGAGGAGGUGGAGACACGCCUACAGCACGCCCUCAAGCUCCCAUUGGACAACACCACCCUUCAGAGGCCCCCAUUGGACAAUAUCAGUCUUCAGCAGCCUUCGUUGGACAACACAACUGGCAAAUGCUACCAUGACGUGUGUCCUGAAAUGACAGAUAUGUGUGAGGAGAAUUUCUUGUUGCAGCAGCUGAGUGUGUGUGCUGAGAUGGAGGCGAGACGCGAGGUGCUGGAGGAAGUGAUGGGGGAGGCUGAGGAGUUGAUGGGGAGGCUGGGGCUGCAGGAGAAGAGGAGGCUGCAGAGGCUGUUGGAGAAGGCGCAAAAGGAGGCGCAGGAACUGGGAGUCACGGCGGCCAACGGGAGGAAACUAAUGAAGAGCUACACGGAGCAUGCUCACAUCCUCAGGGAGUUGGGGAGGGUGGAGCAGGCAGCGAAGAAGGCCAUGACCACUGCAUUCAAGAUGGGCGCCACUGCAUCCAAGAUGGCCACCUGUUGCAGCAACUCCAGUGACUGUACCACCAGUGGUGCAUCUACCAAUCUCAAUUCCUUAGGAGCGGGGCUGCAAAAUAAAGGGGAGGGACCCCUGCUGGCCAGUCGUGUAAACCGGCAGCUAAAAGUCUGUAUAAACACGCUCAGUUCCCUUGGGGGCCAACAGAGUGAACUAAGGGAACUGUGGCAGCGAGCAAGAGAGCUGGAGGGAGCACUCAACACACACAUGACACACUCUACAAAUGAUGCAUCACACACCAUACAUGCCAUUCAGCCAAGCCCAAAGCCCACACACUCCACAUUGGAGCGGUUACAGCAGGUUGAGACUACUUUGGCCACCUAUGUCCACAGUCACACCCUCCAUCUGCAGCGUCUUCAGAAGGCCCUGAUUGGCCGGAGACACUUGCAGCAGGAUAUAAACAAGCUUUGCGAUUGGCUGAAACAGGCCGAGGAGCUCACCUUUGCUCAGGUAGCCUGGAGCGCCAGUGAGGAGCAUCUGGGUCUUCUCCUGAAGGAUCUGGCCAGGCUGCAGGAGCAGGGGGCAGGGUAUGAGAGCCUGUUGAUGAUGGUGAUGCGGGCAGGUGGGGAAGUGCUGGAGGAGCUGGGGGAGGAGCGGAGGAGGCAAGAGGAGGAGGAGAGGAGGAGGCAGCAGAAGGAAGAGGAGGAUGAGGUUAAAGCAGAGGAUGAUACAAGGGUCAGGGGGAAGAAGAAAAAACGGGCGAAACAAGAGGAUGCGAAAGUAUCUCUCAGGGAGCAGAGAAGGGCGGGAGGUGAAGUGUUGGCUUCUGUAGGGGAAGAGGUAAGGAGAGUGGGGGAGAAUGAAGAGAGUAGAACAGGGGAGGAGGUCCUGGCCUCUCUGGAAGAAGAGCAAGAGAGGAGCUACCUGGAGGAGCUGCUCCACACGCUGCCAGAACGCUACAGCAGAGUACUGGUGGCGGCCAAACAGAGGCAGCAGGAGGUUCAGCAGGUCCUUGAGGAGAAGAGGAGGCAGCCAGAGGAGACACAGAAGACAGAUUUGCAGCAGGAGCAACAGGAGAGCCGUGAGAAGAAAAGACCACACAUCUCAGAACAGCUGGAGGAGGCACAGCAGGAGUUGUCACAUGUCCGGAAGAAAAAGAAGAAGAAAAAGAAAAAUCCAUGUACAGAUAUCACAGCUGGCCUCCGUGGAGAUGAUGUCACAACAGGUCUCCCUGGUGAUGGUGAUAACGUCAUGGCGACGAGAGAUGACAUCAUCAGCAGGCUGCAGCAGGUGGAGAGAAGCUUGGCUGACUUCACCACGGCAACCGCCUCGUCCGACAAGGAGGCUGACAGCAAACUACUCAAACACAAGGCCCUGGUGGUGUCGCUAGGGAGUUUGAAGGGCAGUGUGGAAGAGCUGAGGGGUGGGUCUUGUCACGGCGACGCAGAGUCACUAUGGCAGCGAUGGACAUGCCUCCACAAUGCCACACGCCGCCAGCAGAGAGCGCUGCAGCACACUGCACAACAGUGGAGCAACCUAAACUCCAAGGUGGAACGUGCAUGCAAGGUGUUUAAGGAGCUGCAGAGUGUGGUGGUGGAGGCUGUAAUACCAGGGACAUCCUGUGGAGCGGCGCUAGAGAGCCUACUGCAGUAUCAACAUCACUUUUGCUCACUGCUGCACACACACACGGCUAGCCUGGAGAUACUGAGAUACAUGGCCAAUGACCUCAUGCCGCCUCUACAGGCUCCAGUAGACCCCCAGAGUGCAGCACAAGAAGACCAUGUGCACAUAAUCAGCGGCCUGCUAGAGCGAUGCAACAGGCUUCUGGAGCAGGUGUGUGUGAGCGGUGCACAGGUGCAGCGAGAGCUUCAGGAGAGGAGGAGUGUGUGUGAGGAGCUGAGACUGGUGUGGAGCUUCGUACGUGACAUACACACACUCACACUCAGCCCCAACGCAGACCUGGACACACUCAUCAUCGACCUGGAGGCAGCCCGUGAGGAGGUGUGUGUCCAAAAGAGGAGAGUUGAGAGUGUGUGUGGACAUCAGCAGCUGAAAUAUGAGACGCUUCAAACACACACUCCCAAGGAGCUACACACACUCCUCUCACACUCAGCCCUCGCACUGGACGCUGCAGAGAAGCAGGUGUCGAUGCGUGAAGAGGAGGUGGCGUGUGUGCGGGAGAUGAGAGAGGAGUGUGUGUGUCGGGGUCAGCUGCUCCUACAGGAGUUCAGAUCUCUGGACACACGACUGCAGAACAGCAGCAACACACACACACUGGAGGAGGCGCAGGUGGAACACCAGCGUGUGUGUGAGGAUCUAGAAAGGUGUUCGCGUACGCUGGAGGAACUGCGUGUGUGUGUUAAGGAGAUGGGCGGGGCUGAGCAGAACAAGACCCUCCUCCUCCAGUUAAGACACACCCUCACCAGGCUGGAUAAUGCCCACACACACACAGCCGCACUGGCAGAGGACAGAUCCACCCACCUAAUCAAGGCAGAGCAGCUGAUGCAGGAGUUCAGACACUCGUGCCGCCAGAUAGAGAACUGGGCUCAGGAGGCGGAGUCUGUUGCCGCUAGCAACAUCACAUGCAGCCAAUCAGAGAAGCUGCAGAGGAACAUACACACAUACCAGUCGGUUCUGAGGCGUGGUGUGGAGCUGUGUGUGUGUGUAGGCGUUUUAGAUGGAAGUGUGUGUGAGCUGAGCGGGGUGUUGGACACUACCAGGCUGAGACAGCAGAGGGCAGCGCUGAGGCAGAGACUUCACCAGCUGCAGCACACACUCACACACACACUACACGACAUGAAGGAGGCCGCACAGGACGUGAGUCAGUUGGAGAAGCAUGUGAAAGUGCUGCGUGUUCGUCUGGAGGAGACUCAAGGCGCACUUACCUGCCCUGAGCUAGCACGAGCUAGUCUACGUCAGCAGCUAGCACACAGACAGGUUCUCCUGCGUGAGAUGGGGGAGGUGCUGGAGGAGUGUGAGGAGCUGCAGAGGAGUGUGUGUGUCCUUCGUCUCCCUGAGCAGCAGGAGGAGUGUGUGUGUUCAGAGGAAUGUUUGUGCGAGGAGGUGUGUGUGUCUGCAUCUCCUCUCUGCAAUAACACGCAUAGCCUACAGGGGGAGACAAGACGCCUCACACACUCACUCAUACAGCAGUGCAACAUCCUACAGGAGGCCGUUUUGCAGCAGGAGCAGUACGAGCAGGAAGUGAUGUCACUGCAGAGGCUAGUGGAUGACGCUCAGCGCCUCAUCCACCACCAACAAGUGACCCCCGGCAACGCUCAGACCAGUAACCAUGAGGAGCUGAGCCGCCGAAUCGCGGGCUACCAGCGUGAGAUCUGGGCUCUGAGCUCCAGGAGCAAGAUGCUGGGCGUCAAGGCCAAACACACCUCCAUGAUGCUGGCCCUGAGGGAGGAGGUGCAGGGCCUGGAGGAGGAGGUGAUGGAGGAACACCGGGAGGAGGCGAUCGAAGAGGAAAUGGAGGAAGAGGAGGAGGAGGAGGAAGAGGAGGAGAUGACAAGACAUCCCUCUGUGGUCAUGAUGACUGCUGGCCGCUGCCAUACUCUGCUCUCCCCUGUUACUGAGGAGUCUGGAGAGGAGGGGACCAAUAGUGAAGUCUCUUCUCCCCCCGCCUGCAGAUCACCCUCACCCACUGACCAGGGUUCGAGCAAGGCCUCCAGAGCUCCUCCUUCAGAGGCGUCAGACCCAGAGUCCAGCAUCACACACACACACCUGGACGGCCUGCAGCGCUCUUGGGACACAAUCAAGAACGUGAUGCGUUACCAGGAGACACUGCAGUGCGUGUCGGCCAAGAUGGAGGCAAUGGAGGCGGAGCUUAACCAGCCUCUCGACCAAUCACGGAGCCCGCAGAGCCAGAUGGCCUCACACCAGGCCUUGCUAGACGAGCUGCUGCUACUCCAGGAGGAGAUGCUGGAACUGCAGGAGUGCUUGUCUGAAGAUCUCCACGGCGACGCACCAGAGGGGGCGGAGCAACAGCAGGCUGUCCAAUCAACACUCACCGUUCUCGCCGAAAGGCUGGCCACCAUCCGCAUGAAGGCUUCUGGCAAACGACAGCUACUGGAGGAGCGUUUGAGUGAGCAGCUGGAGGAGCAGCGGCAAGAGCAGGCUCUGCAGCGUUGCCAUACCGAGGCAGAGGAGCUCGAUCAUUGGCUGCUCAGCACCCGCCAGUCACUGAGCUCCGCCCUCCAGCCCCGCCCACAGGAAAUAGACAUGGAGGAACAGCUCAUUGACUGCCAGGAUAUGCUGGUUGAGAUCGAGCGCAAGGUGUGGUGUCUGUCAGAGCUGUCGGUCCACAGUGAAAAUCUCUUCAUGGAGGGGCGUGGCCAGACCAGAGGAGAGGCGGGACUACUGAGUACACGGCUUCAGGGUCUUAAAGCCAGCCUUCUCGACCUCCAGCGCAUACUACAGGACAAACUACACCAGGGGUCCUUGCUGCAGCAGCAGGAGGACAGCGGCCUGUCUGACUCCAGCCUCUCCCAAAGCCCCGCCCUCCACGACUGGCUCAGCCAAUCGGCAAGCAGCAGGGGCCAGCAACAACAUCACAUGCAGAGACACAGGGAGCAGGAGGGAGAUCUUUCUGAGCAGAAGAAACUUCUUCAGUCUGUGGCCAACAGAGGGGAGGAGUUACUUACACAGAAGACCACGCCCACUAGAAACAGACAACCAGAGGAGCAGAAGUCACCACUGGCCAACCAAUCGGGCACUGCUCUUUCCCAGGAGCAGCUGCUGAUUCGCUGCAAGGCCCUGAGGAUAGACAUGAGAACCAAACUACAACUGAGCCUCGACGCCUCCUCUAAACACACACCGGUGUGUGUGUAUUCCCGAGUGUCUUGUCCGGGUAGUGGCUUCAGGAGAGAGUUGACGGCACCAGACUGCCCCUCCCCCAAAACCCUCCUCAAGACCGCCAGCCAAUCACUGAAGGAGAAGCAGGUAGGGGGCACUGUGUGUGUUGGGCAGUUGUGUGCUGCAGUGAGAGCGGCCUCAUUCUGGUGUGACGCUGCAGAGACGCGAGUUCUCACGGGCCCCAUGCUGCACACUCACGACACGGAGAUGCAGCUGUACCAGUUAGAGGCAUUGGCGAGAGAGGUGUGCGAGGUGGACGAGGAGGUGAGAGCGUGCAGGCAGGUGCUGAGAGGAGGAGACGCAGGAGGAGGAGAAGGAGGAGAAGCAGAGGACAUGGAGGAGACGCUGAGGGCAUCAGGAGGACCUAUGGAAGAGGAGGUGAAAGACAGAGGCGCGGAGGUGACAGAGAUGACGGCAAACGGAGACGGACUAACGGACGACAGGAUGCAAGGAGGUGAACGUUUGAUGACGGAGACGCAGGAUGGAGAAGCAAAGCUGAAAGAGGGAGACGCAAGUUUGAUGGAGCAGACGCUGAGGGCGGGAGAAGAGACUGGGAGAGGAGGUUCGAGACGGAGUGAGGAGGUGAAGGAAGGAGGCACAGAGGAGGAGGAGGUGAUGGAGGAGGUGCUAGAUGUCCUGCACCAGAGACUGGAGCUACUGUCCAAUAGCAUUACGCCUCGCAGCCAGCAACUGACACACACACUACAGCAGUGCAGCACACUACAGGAAGAGUUACAGCAGCUGUCCUCGGCCCUAUCAGAGAGCAGGAAGCAGCUGCAGCAGAAGCUGAUUGGCUUGCUGGACAGCCCCGCCCCCAGACAGGCAGAGAGUGUUGCCGAGGCGGAGGAGUGUGUACGGGAGUUUGAGGCUCGCGUGGAGGAGAUGAGAAGCAGAGCGGACGCCCUGCAGCCAGACCAGACGACAACACAGGAGCUACACCGAGUACAGGAGUGUUAUGAGGAGCUGCUGUGUGUGGUGGGGUGUGUGCGCGGGCGUGCAUGUGUGGGGGAGGGCAUGAGGUGUGUGUGUGAGCGGUUGCUAGGAGACCUGAGGGAGCUGAUGGACACCGCUCAGGACAAGAUGGCCGCAGAGAUGAAGCUCAACGCCAACACUGUUACCGACGUACACACACUGCUGGACACACACAAGGAAUUCUUUGGUGUUGUGGAGCAGCAUGUGUAUCUGACGGAGGCGUGGCUGGGGGCAUGGUCUGGGCAGCUGAGAAACGUGGGAAGCCAAUGGCAGCUCGAGAGAAAUGCCGGUAGCCAAUCAGAUCUCGCAGCUCACUGGGAGGCCAUAGGCCACGCCCACAACAUCCUCAAGCAGGCGCACAAGAGAGGCAUGGAACUGGAAACCAUCCUGGAGGCGUGGACGGGCGUGUCUAAGGACUAUGAGGAGGUGUGUGCUACGCUGGAGAAGGUUGAGAGCAGCAUCCCCACAGCAGCACUAGUGGAGGAGACUCAGGAACGCAUAACACACCGCAUCAACCUCUACCAGCGUUUGAAGUCCACCCUGUCAGGUCGUCAGCAGCAGUUGUACAGCGUUCUGGAGGAUGGCAAGAGGCUGCUGCUGAGUGUGUGUUGUUCUGAUCUGGAGACGCAGCUGAACCAACUGGGGGAGCGCUGGCUUCACACACACACACGCCUCAACAAGGAGAUACAGAGGCUGGAUGCCACGCUCACACACUGGAGCAGGUAUGAGAGGGAGAGCGCUGACCUGUCCCAGUGGCUGCGGUCCGCUCUGGAGAGACUAGACUUCUGGAACACUCAGUCUGUCACCGUCCCCCAGGAGCUGGAACUGGUCCGAGACCACCUUCACGCCUUCCUGGAGUUUUCCAAGGAUGUAGAUGCUCAUUCCGAACAGCAGAGGGCAGUGAUGAGUCUCGGCGCUCAGGUGCUGCGACUGAAACGUGUUGACACGGCAACGCUGAGGAGUCACAUGACCGAGAUGGACACACAGUGGAGCACGUUAAACACACGCAUACCACAUGUACAGGAGAAACUACACCAGCUUCAGAUGGAUAAGCUGUCUUCGUGUGAGGCGGUUGCCGAGGUGAUGAGCUGGAUCUCGGUGAUGGAGAACUCCAUCCAGCAGGAGCAGCAAAGCAUCAUGGGGGCUGUAGGCUCGGAGGCUGUACGCCACUUCCUGAACAAGUACAAGGGUCUUCGUCUGGAGCUGUCCUGUAAGCAGUUGACUGUGGACUGUGUGAACGGCUCAGUUCUCCAAGUGAGUUCUCUAGAUGUGGAGACCAAGCGCAGCAGUAGAACGCACUUCGCAGAACGCCUCGGAACCAUGAACCGACACUGGAGCCUGCUGAAUACACUCGUUACGGAGAAGAUCCAGGUUCUGGAGUCGUUGCUGGAGAAGUGGGAGGAGCAUGAGACUGGAGUCUCGACUUUAGGGGCGUGGCUUAGCAACCAGGAAGAGAAACUCAACAGCAGGCAGAGACUAGAGGAUAUUACAUCUGUACAGAACGCCCUCAAAGACACACAGGAGUUGGAGGUGUGCAUGAGAGACAGGAGUGCAGAGCUGAGUCGUCUGGAGGAUUCAGCCAAUCAGCUGAUGAAGGACAAGUCACCUGAUGCCUCUACUGCUGUCAUGGAGACGCUCACAGGACUCAAGCAGAUGUGGGCCAGUCUGGAAAAAAUGGUAUCAGACGUGAAGACGGAGCUGAAGCGUGUGUGUGAGACGUGGGGUGUGUAUCGGCGUGUGUGCGAGGACAUCGGGGGUUACCUGAUAGAGGGCCGAUACUCCAUCGCACGACUCCGCCAGCUGACCUGUUCCCCACACGCUACACACGCACAAGUGGAGAGCCUGGAGGCGCUACAGAGGGAGCUGGAGACUCAGGAGGGCAGCUUGGCCAAACUGGGCUCCACCACGCACACCCUGCUGGAGCUCGCACACCCCAGCGUCGCACACACACUCACACACACACUCUCAGACCUUACACUCAGGUGGAACAACUUGCUGGAGCAGGUCUCAGAUCAGUUGAAAAGUGCCCGUGCGUUGCUCUUGCUAUGGGAACGCUACGAUGAGACGCUGACACACACACAAACGGCAGUCACACACCACGAGAAGGACGCACACACACUCCUGAGGAACUCCUCACACACACACAACGUCACCGGCGAGGAAGUGCUCGAAUGGAUACACACCUGCAAUGAGCUGCUGGCGUCUCAGGAGGGUAUUCAGGAGCGUCUGCAGGAGUUACAGGAGGCAGCCAAUCAGCUGCAAGCACACACACUAGUCCCGCCCAUCGCCAUGACAAUGCACCACGCCCACUUCCUGUCGCUCAGCCAACGCUUAGCAACCUCUCAAGCGGCCCUCAGCAAGCAGCUUCGGGAACUACAGGGUGUGUGUGAGGAGGUGCACGAGUGGGAGGAGCAGCUGGACUCUUUGACGGAGACGCUGGAUGAGACACUCAACACACACACACAGCAGAACAUGGAGGAUGUAAAGGCCCAUAUCAGCGUCCUGAUUGGUCGAUCCCCUGAUCUGGAGCGUCUGAACGAGCGGAGCUACACGCUGGCGCUGAGUGACACACACACUCACACCCCUCGCCUGCAGAGCCUCAACCGCCGUUGGAACACACACUCGGCACACACUCUGGAGACAUACAGUGCAUUGCAGGGUGUGUGUGCUCAGCAGCAGAGUUUCCGUGAGAAGUGUGAGAGCUGGAUGGAGCUCCUCGACAGCGCCGAGCGACAGCUAACACCUAGCAUCUCCGCUAGCUACGCUAACCUAGUGGAGGAGCAGAAACAACACGAGAUGUUCCAGGCUGAAGUGUUCAGCAAACAGCAAAUUCUUUUCUCCAUCAUCUCUGACGGACACUCGUUACUGUACCAUGUGCAAGACAGGGAGGACUUCAUCCAGCAGAUGGCGCAGCUGAGUCACGAGUGGCAGGCUGUAGUGCAUCGUUGUCAGAGGAGGCGUGGCCUAGUAGAAGGUUUGCUAUGGCAAUGGGAUCGCUACCGCCACCUACUGGAGACCACACGACGUUACCUAGACAACGCAUCUCCAGUCCCACUUCCCUGUUACCCAGACAACGCAUCAUCAGCAUCAGCACCGGCGCUCUCUGAGCAGCAGGUGGAGCCCAUCGCUCUUCAGCAGGCACGCGUCAUGCUGCACCACAUACAGGUGUGUGAGCGGUCGCUAAAGCGUCAGCAGGGGGGUUACAUCUUGGCGAUGGAGGCGGGCCGGCAGCUGCUGCACUGGGAGGGCCCUAACGGAGAGGAGACGUUGCUAAACGACGUGGGGGCAGAGCUAGCGGAACUCCAGGAGCAGUGGAGGAGUGUCACCCUCGCACUCGACGCCAGGAAGAGACAGCUACACGCGCUACUCAAGGAGUGGGAGCGCUGUGAGAGAGCUAUAGCAGCGUCGCAGGAGAGGCUUUGCGUGUUGAAGAGGAAACUAGCGCUGCCUCUACCAGAACACCACGAUGAACUACACACAGAACAGAUACACUGCAAGGAACUGGAGGCGAGUGUGUCUGAGCGUGAGUGUGUGUUGCAGGUUUGUGAGCUAAAAGAGACUCUGAGUUCUAAGCUCCGCCCACAUGACCUGAUUGUCCUAUCAGAGAGAAUCGACCUGCUGAACAGCCAAUGGGAAGAGGUGUCACACCAGGUGUGUGUGCGGAGGGCCCAGGUGUGCGAGCGCCUGAACGAGUGGGCGGUGUUCAACGAGAAGAGUAAGGAGCUUUGUGAUUGGCUGACGCAGAUGGAAGCAAAAGUCUCUCAGAACGCCGACAUCAGCAUUCAGGAUAUGAUCGACAAACUACGAAAGGAAUACAAUGAGGAGAUGUGUGUAGCGGAGGAGAAUCGUCAUCAGCUGCAGGAGAUGGGAGAGCGCUUAGCGUCCGCUAGCCAGCCUAGCAAGGCUAACGAGAUACAAUACAAACUCAACAAGAUGGCCGAACGCUGGCAACACUUGGUGGACCUCAUUGCCGCCAGGGUGAAGAAGCUAAAGGAGACGUUGCUAGCUGUCCAGCAAUUGGACAAGAACAUGAGCAGUCUCCGCUCCUGGUUGGCUCAUAUUGAGACAGAACUCUCACGGCCAAUCAUCUACCAGCGUUGCGACCCGCAGGAAAUACAGCACAAACUAGAGGAGCAACAGGAGCUCCAAAGGGAUAUUGAGAAGCACAGUGCGGGCAUGGCGUCUGUGCUGUGCGUGUGUGAGGUGUUGCUCCACGACUGUGACGCGUGCGCCAGCGAGAGUGAGUGUGACUCCAUCCAGAAUGCCACGCGACACCUGGACCGACGCUGGAGGAACAUCUGUGCCAUCGCCAUGGAGAGGAGACUCAAGAUCGAGGAGACUGGCCGGCUGUGGAACAAGUUCCUGGAUGAUUUUGGUCGUUUUGAGGAGUGGCUUAAAGCGUCCGAACGCACCGCAGCACGACCCAACUCAUCCAACAUCAUAUACACACUCGCCAAAGAGGAGCUCAAGAAGUUUGAGGCAUUUCAGAGGCAGGUUCAGGAGUGUCUGACCCAGCUGGAGCUCAUCAAUAAGCAGUAUCGGCGCUUGGCCCGCGAGAAUCGGACCGACGCGACCGGGCGCCUCAAAGACACAGUGCAUGAUGGGAACCGCCGCUGGGACGCCCUGCAGAGACGCGUGGCUGCCAUCUUGAGGCGACUCAGGCACUUCAUUGCCCAGAGGGAGGAGUUUGAGAGCAACAGAGACAGCAUGCUGGUCUGGCUGACGGAGAUGGACCUGCAGCUCACCAACAUCGAGCACUUCUCGGAAUGCGACACACACGCCAAAAUCAAGCAGCUACGUGCGUUUCAGCAGGAGAUGUGUCUGAAUGCGGGGCGCCUCAGUUCCGUCUUCCACCAGGGAGAGGCGCUGCUGUGCCGAUGUGAACCGCUGGACGCCGCGGUCAUAGAGGAAGAGCUGGAGGAGCUGAGGAGAUACUGCAUGGAGGUCUUCGGACGAGUGGAGCGAUACUACAGACGCCUCACACGCCUACCGGAGUACGAGGACGAUCUGGACGAGAGCUCUGAGUUAGCGGAUCUUCAGCUGGACGAGUCGUCUCACACGCUGCGUACUCCUCAGCGUCCCUCCGACAGGGACCGGGACACCCCGCUCAGCAUCGACUCCCUGCCUCUGGAGUGGGACCACGACUUCGACCUGGAGCCCUGCGGCAACAUCUCCCCCGCGCCAGCAGGGGGCUCCACCAUGCGCCGUAAUAUCAGCAGUACUCCACCGGGUGGCAGCAUCCACCCAUCACAGCUGGAUGUGGUGAUUCCUGACAGUCCAGAAGGCUACAUAAGGCUCACACAUGACACUCUCAUGUCCUCAUCUGGAGAUUUAGGCCACCAGGACACAGAGCAGUACCUCCUCCAGCAGACAGGUGGCGCUGCAGCCAGAAUGGACUCAUCCACCCCAGAGCCGGACUCCCCUUACAUGGGCUAUAUGCGGCUGAUGGGAGAUGGGCGUGGCAGCAGUGAACCAAUGAGGACACGAGAUGAGGAAGAGGAGGAAGAUGAAGCUCUCUCUACUGAUACAGCAGGUGUUGUGAGGGUCCAGUCCCGUGAGCAGCCAUGGCAGCAGCUGUCUUCUGAGCUGGAGAGCCUGGAGGCGUGGCUUAGCGGUGGGGAGGAGGGGCUUAACCAGCUCAGGAGGCGGGGCCUCGGCACUGGCGUCAACGUACUCCAACACAGCAGCAAGAAACUCAGGGAGCUGCAAGAAGGCAUGGAUUCCCUUAAGCCAAAACUGCUGUCAAUCAACCUGCGGGCCGUGGGGCUGCUCCAAUCAGGCGCGGAGGACGAGCAGCAGGAGGAGGAGGUGAAGAGGAGGCUGCAGGGGGUGACGAGGAGGUUUGAGGAGUUCAGCUGCUCACUGGAGGAGUUCAGGAGACGCACGCAGGCAGCUAUCAUGCAGUGCCAGGAGUUCCAUGAGAGUAGCCAUGCUCUGCUGCUCUGGCUGGAGGAGAUGGACUACAGGAGGAAACAAGUCGGCCCCAUCUCACCCCUCAUGGACACACACACACUCAACACUCACAUACACACUCUUACGGAUGUGCUGGAUGAGUUGAAAGAGGGACAACAGAGAGUGGAUCAGCUCCAGGAGCUCUCAAACACACUGCUGCAGGAGGAGAGGAGAGCAGGAAGAGGAGGAGGACAGGAGGAUAUGAUGAGAGGAGCAGGAGGAGGAGUGGAAGAGGUGAUGAGAAGAGGAGCAAGAGGAGUGGAGGAGGAGGAGGAGGAGGAGAUGAGAAGAGCAGGAAGAGGAGGAGAGGAGUCACGAGAAGGAAGAGGAGAAGAGGAGAGGCAAAGAGGAGCACAUACCCAGGAGAAGAGGGUGCAAGAAAGGAGAAUGGAGGCCCAUUGGCGAGAGGAGGAGGAAGAGGAGCGGGAGAGAGAGGAGCAAGAGGAAGAGGAGGUGCGGGAGAGAGAGGAGGCGCGGGAGCGAGUUCACGUCAUCUCCAGCAGGCUGCGGACGCUCAUGAGAGAGGUCACCUCAGACCUGAAGCUGCUGCACUCCAUUCUCACACAGCAGCCCCAGGCCAAAAGCAGCUCCACUCCUCCGCCUGGACUGCCGGCCACACACCCUCGCAGUACCUCCUCCAGUCCUCUGGGCGGCAGCACUGGGAGAGCAGCAGGCGGCUGCGUCGACUCCUCUGCUCCUCUGGGUGGCAGCGCGGUAGCAUCUGCCCGCAGUAUCUCCUCCGGUCCUCUCUGUGGCAGCACUUCAACUGCGGGCCGCAGUACCUCCUCCAGGCCUGAGGGUGUCAGCAGCGCUGCACCAGGGGGUCGAUGUGGCGACUCCUUCUUCCUGCGCGUGCUGCGCGCCGCUCUUCCUCUGCAGCUGCUCCUCCUGCUCCUAUUGGCUCUGGUCUGCCUGGUGCCCUUCAGCCACGAGGACUACAGCUGCCACCACGCCAACAACUUCAAACGCUCCUUUCACCCCAUGCUGCGCUACACCAACGGACCACCGCCUAUAUGAACACACACUCACACACACAGACGCACGCACAGUCGCACGCACAGACGCACGCGCGCACACACACACACACACACACACACACACACACACACACACACACACACACACACACACACAUGCACGUACACACACACACACACACACACACACACACACACACACACACACACACACACACACACACACACACACACACACACACACACACAAACAUCGAUGUACACACACCGUGCUCCUACACACCAGCAGUCCGCUGCCAUAUAAGCUCACAAAUACAGUACAAGACACACACACACACACACACACACACACACACACACACACACACACACACACACACACACACACACCCGUCUAAGCUCAUCUACACUAUAUCUACAAUAUAUCUCCAUUUACAUACAGUAUGCACAUGUCUACAUCUCUUUUAAAAGAUUGUUUAAUGAUAUCCUUGAAGGACUUUAGGCUUUGUUAUGGACAGCCACGGUGCUCUCUUAUCAUUGUUAGCCUGUACACUACAACCGCGCUGCUUUUGUUGUAGCCAACGCAACCACGAUUAAGUUUGACCCUCCCUACUCCCCGUGGUCAACAUGUUGUCCCAGUCAAGUAUGACCCUCCCUCUGCUCAACAAAGCAAAAAGACAGCAACUGCAUUCUUGUUGAAAAUGAGUUGUUAGGAUUUUGAUGGCAUCUAUACCAAAAUACUAAAUAGCUAAAUUAAAUGUUUGAUCUUCAAAGAAUGACGUAAUAUACACGUAGAGUAACAAAACUGUCACGUAUAAUGUACUUUAGGUACACUGCUUUGGGUGGACAACAGAAUAAUCAUCAGUUUACUCAGCUCAGAGCUACAGUAUAUGCAGUUAAAGUCUUUUUGUUUUGUAGGGCAGCUCCCCAAUAUGAAUAGAUAUACUGUAUGCCUAAAUGUAUAUAUGUCUAUGGUGUACACUGUGCUAGCUGCCUGUGUGGAACCUCUAUGCCUGUACAUCAUAGACCUAUACAUGUAUACCUACAAAUGUAUCCAAUUAUACAGACACACCCAUUUGUACAAUCAGCAAAGCUGCUUUAUGGGGUUUGACCCGCCUUGCUUUCUGUAGCCAAUGCCCCCCAUUAAGUUUGACCCUCCCUGCUGCCCGUAGCAGCAGUGGGAGGCGUGUGAUGCACUUGCCCCCCCCCUGUAACAGCACUGACCCCAGCAUGCCCCCCUUCCCCUUCCCUCCCCCAGAGGUUAUUUAUUCUGCUCUAAUAUGUUUUUAUUUUUUAAAAUAUUUAAGAAAAAGAAACACUUUAUCAGUUUGUACAUGAAUUGGAAAUGUAGACAGUUAUUUUUUUGUACCAUGUUUUUUUAUAUAUAUAAUAUGAAAUUCUUUAUAGUCAUGGCGCCCCCAAAAGUGGGGUUCCAGCAGUCACCGUGGCAACCUGAGACGUGAGGUUACCAUGGAGAUCAUGGCCGUCGCAACUGAGGCUGAAUGACGGACGGACGGCCCGGCCACUUUGGAAUUGGACUGAUAAUCACCGGAGGGUACACUACUGUAAAAAAACAACCCUCACGUCAUGUGAUCUUCUAUUUAAAUCAUGUGAUCUUUUAUUUAUGAAUGUACAGUUUGCUAAUGCUAACAUUAAAGAUGGUCUUUGCUUUG